UUGGUCGUGGUUUUAGUUUUUUCUGAUCGGUUUCGUGCGGAAUUGAUGGCUUGAAAUUCCUGAAGUGGUGUGCUUGACGCGCUUCUUUUCUAGUUUCAAAAUGAGGUGGUCCAUAUCAGCAUCAUUUACCUUGCUUCUAGCACUGAACCUAUUGAAUUUUUUUUGUGAUGCUGUGCGUCUUAUUAGAGAGCAAGGAUUCAGGGGCAACACUUACUUUUACCACACUGGAGAAGGUUCACAUGCCUACCAUUAUCAGCUGGAGACCCAGAGCUCAAUUUAUUUUAAAUGUGUGCAGGCCUACAAGUUAAAAUGUGGUGGAAGGGCCGUUCUGCGGUUGGGUGGUAACUUCCGUACCACACAGCCCCACAAUCACCGUCCAAGCCCUGACUUGGUUGGAGAGAGGCACUUCAGGGCAAAUGUACUGAAUCAAGUGAGGGACGCCCGUUACGUGUCAUUCCAGGACAUACUUGAUGAAGCUCGGCGGAACCUACGGUAUUCUAGAAGAGUCCGUUCCCGCAUGAACAUGAGAAAGCUCAGAACACCAAUGUACAGAGCUCGAAUGGCAUCCUUUCCUCCACUUCCUCAGACUUUGAGGGAACUAACUCAGGUUCUGUUGCAAAACCCAAGAAUCUCCAAAACGGUGGAUGGUGAACAAAACAUUUACGCUGGAUCCAUUGAUGCUAAUGAUGGUUCACAUCAUGUUCUAUUCGUGUCACCGAGAAUGAGGGAGGUUUUGCAGCAGGUCACUAUACUGCAAGGUGAUGGAACAUUCCGAGCAAGACCUUCCACUCCACCUUCAGCGCAAUGUUUCACUUUGGUGACCACGUAUAGAGAUGCUAUCAUCCCUAUCGCGUGGGUUCUGAUGGAAAGAAAAUCGUAUGAAGGAUACAUGGCAGUUUUCAGACUAUUGAAGCACCUAUGUCCAAACCUUAAUCCUGAAGUUGUGAUCACUGAUUGGGAGGCAGGUCAGCAGAGGGCAUGGCGAAAUUCUUUUCCAAAUGCAACCAUCCAAGGAUGUUUGUGGCACCUGGGUAGGGCUUUCAUCAAGAAAGCUAGAGCAUUGGGCUUACUCAGAUACCGUCAUGCAUUUCCAGAUGUUUUAGAAUUCAUCAGAAAAGCCUGCGCAAUUUCACUCCUACCAGACAACUUGUAUGAAGAAGCAAUGGAUGUUCUUAAAAGGAGAGCUCGUAAUGUUAACCUUGUUUCUGCAUACUUGGUACGACACUUCUUCACUUAUGUUGAGACAAAAUGGCUGGGAAUGCCACAUCGCAGAAGUUAUAUGAAUUUUUGGAGAUGCGUCCAUAGGACAAAUAAUUCUUGCGAGUCACACAAUAGAAUGCUAAGGAAGGCUGUGGGGGCCUACAGACCUAAUGUCUAUGCAUUUAUCGAAGCCCUCUCUCGACUGGAACAUAAUGCAGACCUGGAUUACAACUACAUGAGGAACGAGGGAGGAGAUGCGCGUCCUGCACGGCGCUGGAAAUCAGUUUACACUGAUAGAAGACUUGAAGCACUAAGCAACGAUCUCGAGGAAGACAUAUUCCACAAUAGGGAGGAAACCAUUUGGAAUUUCCUUCAACAAGGAUCACGCCUCAUCGAAGGUGCCAUGAACGACCACGUGCAGCGGGAGGUGGCAGCUCGCCGUCGCCGUCCCGCGCAGUGA